AUAAUCAUAACAACGUUUCUCAAACAUGGCCAGCUAAUGUAUGCAAGCUCUCCUCCUCCUCCUUAUACUUUUCUUCUCUCUCUCUCUCUCAUAACAGUAUCAAGUGGUGUCACUUUCCUUCAACAAAUGAGUGAGAGAACUUUUGUAGUGAUAUUCUUCUUCUGGGCUGUUCUCACAAUCCUCACCCCUACGCUCAUUCUCUUAUCAGAAUCUUCAAAACCUGCCUUGUAUUCCAAUGUUGAUAAAAUCACAGCAGUGACAAAUGACAGGAGAAUGAUGGUAUAUGCAGAGAAGCAACCCAGAAGAGAACUCAUACCUUCAGCUCCAAUGGAGGCACCAAUGGCUGCUCCAGUUCCAGAACUUGUUUCGGAGACAAGAUGGUCUACUUUGAGAAGAAUUUUUAAGAAGAAAUGAGAGUAAUAAUAUUUGAGAGCUGCACAUCACGUCUAUACAGUUUUUCUUUUUCUUUUUUUCAAAUUCUUCAUGAUUUAUACGGCCUUUUGAUGUACUCCGGUCGUUAAUGGAAGUGAAAGACAGAGAUAUAUGUAUAUAUAUAUAUAUAUAUACAAGUGCUAAAUAAAUAACAGUCACAUCAGAAAGCUUCUUGUUUUGUAAAUGAAGUUAUGAAGCUUUGCUAACUGGCGAACACAAGAAAGAGAGAGCUUUGUAAAUGUCAAUGGCUGAUCUUAAAGUUGGCAUUAUCUCUCUUAAUAAAGAGUGGUUGAUUUUCAAACCAACAUUAAAUAGAAUUUAAGAAGAUGCAAGAAUGGAUGAUGAUGUCGUGAAAUCCAAUAGACGGUAGACUCAAUAUAUGUAUUUAUGAACUUGUGUAGCUAAUUCAUGCUUUUCUUUUUUUAUUCCUUUCCAUUUUAUUUUCUAGUAACGUGUAACUGCCGUUUUGCUAUAGUACAUUCUGUCAACAUCACGCUAGGCAGUACGUACGGAUGUACGGAUGUACUGUGUCCUUUAUC